AGGUACGCGCGCUCGCAGCUUGCUGCUGGGGCUAGGAGGUGGCGGGAGCGGCUUCCAGCGGGAGAGCGAGCGAGUGAGCGAGCGCCGGGGCGGGGCGGGAGAAAGUGGCGUCCGGAGGACCUCGGCGGUGACGCGUGGCUGAGCCCGGGAGCCCCGAUCUCCGCGCCCGCCUCCGUGAGCCGCUGCCUACCGGCCCAGGGGGGUCCCCCCGCGCCGAGUCCGCCGUCCCGCGCCAGCCCGGGCGAGGUGGGGAUCGCGAUCGCCCAGCAGCCCCGUGCCCGUAGACCACCCCCCCACCCCACCCCCGACCGCCCAUGGCCACGCGGGUGCUGACCAUGAGCGCCCGCCUGGGACCGGUGCCCCAGCCGCCGGCCGCGCAGGACGAGCCCGUGUUCGCGCAGCUCAAGCCGGUGCUGGGCGCUGCGAACCCGGCCCGCGACGCGGCGCUCUUCCCCGGAGACGACCUGAAACACGCGCACCACCACCCGCCCGCGCAGCCCGCGCCGCCGCCGGCCGCCGCCGGCCGGCUGCCCUCGGAGGAGCUGGUCCAGACAAGAUGUGAAAUGGAGAAGUACCUGACCCCUCAGCUUCCUCCAGUUCCCAUAAUCCCAGAGCAUAAGAAGUACAGACGCGACAGUGCCUCAGUGGUGGACCAGUUCUUUACCGACAGUGAAGGGUUACCCUACAGCAUCAACAUGAACGUCUUCCUUCCGGACAUCACUCACCUGAGAACUGGCCUCUACAAAUCCCAGAGACCGUGCGUCACACAGAUCAAGACAGAGCCUGUUACCAUUUUCAGCCACCAGAGUGAGACGGCCGCCCCUCCUCCGGCCCCGACCCAGGCCCUCCCUGAGUUCACCAGUAUAUUCAGCUCCCACCAGACCGCAGCGCCAGAGGUGAACAAUAUCUUCAUCAAACAAGAACUUCCCAGCCCAGAUCUUCAUCUCUCUGUCCCAUCCCAGCAGGGCCACCUGUACCAGCUCUUGAAUACACCGGAUCUAGACAUGCCCAGUUCUACAAACCAGACAGCAGCAAUGGACACCCUUAACGUUUCUAUGUCGGCUGCCAUGGCAGGUCUUACCACACACACCUCUGCCGUCCCGCAGACUGCAAUGAAACAGUUCCAGGGCAUGCCCCCCUGCACAUACACCAUGCCCAGUCAGUUUCUUCCACAGCAGGCCACUUACUUUCCCCCGUCACCACCGAGCUCAGAGCCGGGAAGCCCCGAUAGACAAGCCGAGAUGCUCCAGAAUUUAACUCCACCUCCGUCCUAUGCUGCUACAAUUGCUUCUAAACUGGCAAUCCACAAUCCAAAUUUACCUGCCACUCUGCCGGUGAAUUCACCAAAUAUCCAGCCUGUCAGAUACAAUAGAAGGAGUAACCCUGAUCUGGAGAAACGACGCAUCCACUACUGUGAAUAUCCUGGCUGCACAAAAGUUUAUACAAAGUCGUCUCAUCUAAAAGCUCACCUGAGGACUCACACGGGUGAGAAACCCUACAAGUGCAACUGGGACGGCUGCGACUGGAGGUUCGCGCGGUCGGACGAGCUGACCCGCCACUACCGGAAGCACACGGGCGCCAAGCCGUUCCAGUGCGGGGUGUGCAACCGCAGCUUCUCCCGCUCCGACCACCUGGCGCUGCACAUGAAGCGCCACCAGAACUGAGCCCCGCGCCGCCGCCGCCCGCCCCGCGCCUCGCAGUCCGCCCGCCAUCCUUCACACGGCAGGCCUAACUUUAUAUAUGUAUAAAAAAAAAAAAAUCAAAAGAACUGGAAAUGUAUAUUUUGUAUAUUUGAGGCAACAGGGAAUACAUUGUAUCAAUACCAAAGUGUUUGGUCAUUUUGAGAACCCGGAGGCUUGCUGUCGUGCUCACCCACUGGCUUUAUUUCAGCAGACUUCAUCUCCAAACAGCUCAGCACGGGAGCCGGUGGGGGUGCGUGGGGCGCGUACGCUCUUUCUACCCAGGCUGCACACGCAAUCAUUUGUGACACUGUUUAGGAUAAACGAACCAGUUGGCAGGCACCCGGAUAGACUGUCAAGAUUUUACUUGAUGUGGACUCGUCUUUUUCUCGAGAUUAGAUUAUUUCCAUAGAGGGAGGUACAUUGUGUGCCCGGCAAUUCACAAACAGCCAUUGAACAAAUGUGGUUUUUUGUUUUGUUUUGUUUUUUUGUUUUUUUAUAUGAGUUGCCUAUAUUUGCUAUUCAAGAUUUUGUAAAUAAUGCAAAUCAGCUUUAUAGGUUUAUUACAAGUUUUUAAGGAUUGUUUGGGGAAUCAUACUUUUGAAAAUAAUUAAUGAAUACAUUUACAGUUAGAAUUUAUGGCAAGAUACCAUCCAUAAAUUCUCAAACGUUACCAAAUCCAUUUCUUUGGGGAGGGGAUAAUCAUUCAAAUGAAAGUAAAAUGAAGAUUUUACUCUCUGAUUGAAAUAAGAUUAUUUUAAAUAUGAAAGAUUUUUUUUUAUGUGAAUUUAAACCGAACAGCUUAAAGAUAUAGUUACAAGACACAGAAGCUAAAGGUCUUACCAUAAGUUAAACAGUAUCUUUUUCAAGUGGGGAGGGACUGACAUAAUUGUCACACACAAGCUUCCGGUGCAGUUUUCUUAGACUGGAAUGUUUGCUCAUGCAGUACUGUUGGUUAAAUGACAAUUUAUGUGGAUUUUUGCAUGUAAUACCCAGCGAGACACAGUAAUUUUACUGAAAUUACGGUGCAGCGUAGUUAAUCUGUUAUUACUGACUCGGUGUCUGCCUUUAAUAUCAGUGAUAUGUUGAAAGCUUGCCAAUAUGCAAUAUCGAUAGGAAUGUGACAUUGAUGCUGUUAACCAAAGGGCAGAAAUCAUAAGCAAAAUGCCAAAAGCGGUCUUAAUGGAAAAUUUAAUUUUGUUUUUAAAAUAUUGUUUAUCAUUAUUUAUUUUGUGGUAAUAAUAGUAAGUUUUUUUAGAAAACAACUUUCAUAACUUGAUAAAUUAUAGUUUUGUUUGUUAGAAAAGUUGCUUCAACGUGUAAAUAGGUGACGAACGGUGUAAAUAGUUUUGUAAGAGGCUUCGAGAUGUUUAUACGUGGACACACCUACAUCAAAAGCAUAACUCCGGCUGCUCUUCUGCUUCUUUGUCCCUUAUUUUUGUAUUGUGGUAAUUUCCUAUGCAAUAUCGGAGCAAGCAGCUGUAUAGUUGUAGAAUUUUUUGAAAGAAUGAGAUGUUUAUAUAUUAACGACAAUUUUUUUUUGAAAAUAAAAAAAGUGCCUAAAAGA